AUACAUUUCGACACUUAAUGUGGGACGGAGGGAGCGUUUUUUUGCAAACUUUUGAAAAAUUACCUAACUCGUAUAAAUAGAAGCUUGGAAUUUCUGGAAAGUUCCCUAUAUAAACCACCCAAACACCCAACCUAUAGAGCGCUGAACCAAUAGAGUAGAGUGGUACACACCCCGGACAUACUAGUUGCGCCGCUUCUCCCUUCACGCUUCCCUAAACCCACUGGCACACGCGCGCCCACACAGGCAGCCAGCCACGCUUUGCUCCCUCUCGCUCCUUCCCAAACCCCUGCGCGCACCACCUUCUCCCUCCAAACCGAAUCAAAAACGAGCACCCAAAGAACCGCUGCCCGCCCCCCAUGGCCAUGGCCUCCACCGAUGCCGGAGGAGAGUGGUCGUCCACGGCGGCCGUGCGGCUCCGGCUCGCCUGGCGCGUGGUGCGCGCGGCGGAGGUCCUGGCGCUAGCCCUGCUCCUCUCCCGCUCCUUCCCCCGCCUCCCCUACGCCGCCGCCGCGGCCUCCUCCGCCGUCCGCGUCGCCGCCUCGCUCCUCCUCCACCCGCGCACGAUAUUCGUCGUCGCCAACGCCAUCGUGCUCCUCCUCUUCCUCUUCUCCCGCCGCGACCGCGCAUCCUCCUGCCCUUCCUCCUCCAUUCAGGAGGACGCCCAGGAGCAGUUCAUCUGCUUCGCGGGCCCGCCGCUGCUGCUGCCGCCAUCGGCCACCGAGGCGGCUGCAGACGCGGUGUUCGAGGACAAGCAGGCCGUGCACGUGACGGUCCGCGCCCCGGCCCAGGCCCAGGCCCCGCGGCGGAGCAGGUCGGAGAAGAUCAGGAAGCCAGGAGGCGGCGGGAGGAGGAGGGCGGCGUCGCCCGAGAUGCGCCGGUCGGAGUCGGAGAAGUACGGGCGGAGCCGGCGCCGGUCCACGUCGUGGGCGUCCGCAGAGGAGGAAGAGCCGGAGGAGUUCCGGAGGGCGGUCGAGGAGUUCAUCGCCAAGGAGCAGACGCGGUUCCACCGCGAGGAGUCCUUUGUCUUGGUCGACGCCGGAGACGAUGCUCAGGCGCAGGCGAUCGCCGUCGUAGCUGUGUCUCCUCCCCCAGCAGGGAAGUGAGUGUGUGAAACGAUGGAUGGAUCGAUCGGUCUGUAAAGAAUUUCGUGGUGCCUUGUUUGGUGUACAAGUUUCGCCUUUUGCUUCUUGUCUUUCUAGCAUCUGAGAAUGUGUUUCUUUUCCUCCUCUGCUUUUGGCGGGUCUGUGAUUCACUGAUGGCUGCUGACAAUCGAUGGACUAGAUAAGUGAGAAAAUUCAGACUCCCGUCGCACUGUUUGGUGCUGGCUCAA